AUGGUUGCCAACAAGAGAGCUUUAAUCGCCUUAACUUCGUACCACGGUCCAUUGUAUGCAGACGGUAGUAAGACUGGUGUCUUCUUUGUCGAAGCUUUACACCCAUUCAAGAAUUACAGGGCCAGAGGUUAUGAAGUUGAUUUCGUUUCUGAAACGGGCACUUUCGGUUGGGAUGAUCACUCGUUAACUGAAGACUUCUUGAACGGUCAGGACAAAAAAGAUUACGAAACAAAGGAUUCUGAUUUAUACAAGGCUUUAGCUAAGGUGAAAAAGCCAAGCGAAAUCAAUGCUGCUGACUACUCUAUCUUCUUCGCUUCUGCCGGCCACGGUACUCUAUUCGACUACCCAACUGCUAAAGGUCUACAAAGCCUUGCUGCCGACAUCUACGAUAAAGGUGGUAUUGUAGCUGCUGUCUGCCAUGGUCCAGCCAUUUUUGACGGUCUGAAUGACAAGAAAACUGGUAAAAAUAUCUUGAACGGUAAGGCCAUCACUGGUUUCACCGACAUUGGUGAAACCAUGCUGGGUGUCGACACAAUCAUGAAGGAGAUGAACUUACUUUCCGUUGAAGACAUUGCCAAGAAAUAUAAUGUCAAAUUCUUAUCUCCAAUCGGGCCAUGGGAUGACUACUCCAUCACUGACGACAGAAUUAUCACUGGUGUCAACCCAGCAUCCGCCGGUUCUACUGCAACCAGAUCUAUGGAUGCCUUAGAAAAACAAAUGAAUUAA